UGGUAUAUAAAUACUAGAAUACUACUACUAUACUAGUUGUUCCUGCCGCAAAUUUCUAAAAAGAUCAGGGAUGGAGAGAAUGUUAUCUCUCAAGUUGUUGUUAGUGUUGUUGUUGCUCUCCAAUGGUGUUGCAGCAGCAUCUCAUAGGGUUGUGGGUGGCGAGCAGCCGUUGUCAAAGAUUGCAAUUCACAAGGCAACGUUAGCUCUUCUAGAUUCAGCGUCUGUUAAGGCAUACCCUUUUGUUCUUGGCUUGAAGGGGGAAGAUACUCAGUGGGUAACUGUGAUGCUUCAUUGCCCCAAUCCAUCUGAAGAUGAUUGGGUUGGGGUCUUUUCUCCUGCAAACUUCAAUUUAUCGAUCUGUCCACAAGAAAGCACUGGUUCAAGAGUACGGGCUCCAUUUAUAUGCUCUGCACCAAUAAAGUACCAGUAUGCAAAUUACUCCAGUCCAAAUUAUACAAAGACAGGGAAAAGUUCUCUGAAAUUCCAAUUGAUCAAUCAGCGGGCAGACUUCUCCUUUGUUCUAUUUUCAGGUGGAUUAUCAAAUCCAAAAGUAGUGGCAAUUUCAAAUGUGAUAUCCUUUGCAAAUCCAAAGGCACCUGUUUAUCCACGUCUUGCUCAAGGGAAGUCAUGGGAUGAAAUGACAGUAACAUGGACAAGUGGUUAUGAUAUAAAUGAGGCUGUUCCUUUUGUCGAGUGGGGCCUGAAAGGAGAACCUCAGAUGCACUCACCAGCUGGGACAUUGACAUUUCAGCGGAACAGCAUGUGUGGUGCACCAGCACGGACAGUUGGUUGGCGUGAUCCUGGUUUUAUACAUACAAGUUUCCUGAGAGACUUAUGGCCUAAUUCAGUGUAUACUUACAAGCUUGGUCACCGAUUAUUUAAUGGUUCAUACAUUUGGAGCAAGAUUUAUUCUUUCAAGUCGUCCCCUUACCCUGGGCAGAAUUCAUUACAGAAAAUCAUCAUAUUUGGAGACAUGGGAAAGGCAGAGCGUGAUGGUUCUAAUGAAUAUAACAAUUACCAGCCAGGCUCGCUUAAUACCACAGACCAGCUUAUCAAGGACUUGAACAACAUUGACAUAGUUUUCCAUAUUGGAGAUAUGCCAUAUUCAAAUGGAUAUAUAUCACAGUGGGAUCAGUUCACAUCACAGAUCGAACCCAUUGCAUCAACUGUGCCUUAUAUGGUUGGGAGUGGCAAUCAUGAACGUGACUGGCCUGGAACAGGAUCCUUCUAUGACACUACAGAUUCUGGUGGAGAAUGUGGCGUGCCAGCUGAGACCAUGUUCUAUGUUCCUGCUGAGAACAGGGCCAGAUUCUGGUAUUCAACGGAUUAUGGUAUGUUUCACUUCUGUAUAGCUGACAGUGAACAUGACUGGAGGGAAGGCUCUGAACAAUACCGUUUUAUCGAGCAUUGCCUAGCAUCAGUAGACAGGAAGAAACAACCUUGGUUAAUAUUUGCUGCUCAUCGUGUCCUUGGUUACUCCUCUGGGUCUUACUAUGGCAUGGAAGGCUCAUUUGAAGAGCCAAUGGGAAGAGAGAGCUUGCAGAAGCUUUGGCAAAAGUAUAAGGUUGAUAUUGCUUUCUAUGGCCAUGUCCAUAACUAUGAAAGGACAUGUCCCAUAUACCAGAGCCAGUGUGUAAGCACAGGAAAAUCUCAUUAUUCAGGUACUGUGAAUGGGACCAUUCAUGUUGUUGUUGGUGGUGGAGGUAGUCAUCUAUCGGAGUUUAGUGAUCUUCAGACCCUCUGGAGUCUCCACAAAGACUAUGAUUAUGGAUUUGUCAAAUUGACAGCAUUCAACCAUUCCUAUCUACUCUUUGAGUACAAGAGAAGUAGUGAUGGAAACGUCUAUGAUUCUUUCACCAUAUCAAGAGACUACAGAGAUGUCUUGGCAUGUGUACAUGAUAGUUGUGAACCAAUCACCUUGGCAACUUGAUAAACAUUUAAUACAUCAUUAGGGAGAAUGAAUUUGUACUUCAGUCAAUAUGAAAAAUGCUCCAUUGAUGUAAAUUUAAAUACAAUCUUAUUAAUAUAAAUGAAGUUCA